GUGACGUCGGACAUUUCCGCCAUAUUGAAAUCCCGUUCUGACUCAAUGCAAAUACCAGUGUUAGUGAAACUAAGAUUUCUACUGCAAAAAAGUGUAAUUAAAUCAUUUAAAUUGAAUGGACAGCUAGAAAGAUGUUUAUUUAAUCAUAUUUGGAUUAUCAAUAUCAUAUCAUCCAUAUGGCAUGAAUUACAGUCAGAGCAGUCAUAGCCUAGAGCUGAUUGACACUGAACAGGAUAUAUUUGACAGUCAGCAGGAUAUAUUUGACAGUCAGCAGGAUAUAUUUGACAGUCAGCAGGAUAUAUUUGACAGUCAACAGGAUAUACCCCAGGCCCAGUCAGUCUCUGUAGAGAAUUUCGAGUUGAUUUCCAGUGACAGCUCCCCAUACAGUACUGUCAGUAGUAUACCUACCGACCCGCCUAGCCCUGUAUUUCGUAAGCGUAGACGCUUAGCUCGUGUGGAUGUGACGUCGUCACAGGCAUCAACAAUUCAGCCAGAAGACGUGACAGAUUCUCAGACGUCAGACACGGUCCCUUCUUUCCCAGACUGGUUCAACAUUAUGUACGAUGGGGAUGAGGCCAUAUACACAUAUCACCAUCUAGAUGCUGAUGUUGACAAGGCUGAUAUGCAGAUCCUCAUAUAAAAUUAAGGUAUACCAGAUGUACAAUUUUGAACAAGCUGACAAUGUUUUGAAACCAAGCAUUACCAACCCAUCAGCCGUGAACUGUGUUAUGAAGCUGACCUGGUGUCAAUUUUUUGUUGGUAAAAAUACAUUUCUGUGUAUUUUUUUUCCUGAAAUUCAUCCAAGAUUGUGGUAGAACCUUGUUGGAAUUAUUCCACUGAAACAAAUUGAGGUCUUAAAAACAAACUUUUAACAGAAGACUGAGAUUAUCUAGAGUAUGUACAUGAGUUGGCAGAAAUUGGCAGAAAAUUUUGAAUUUGUCAGAUUUUUAAAAUCGAUUUUCUCCAUUACUAAUAAAGAUAUAUUGAUAAAAUAAGCACCAAAUUGCUGCAUUUUUCAAUAGCUUUAGUUUGAUAUAU